AGUGAUGCAUAUCUAUUUCAUCGUACAGUAAUAUCUACCAGGAACUUGCCUACUUGGACUAUCCCACCCGGUUGAUAAAGUGUCAAAAGUCUGAAGCCGGAUGUAGUGAAGGUCAAGGCCGCACUAAUCGUCUAUAAAACACCUGUCAGAAACGUGGCAGGGUUUUUGACAGCCGACUGUUGAUAAACACGCUACGAAAUGUGCGGUAUCUUCGCCUACCUUAACUACAUGGUGCCUAGCACGAGACGUGAGAUUCUCGACAUCCUCAUCAAUGGCCUGAAGCGACUCGAGUACCGGGGUUACGACUCUGCAGGAGUUGCUUUUGAGGGUAGCAAGUGUGACAGUGAUGACUGCGUCAUCAAGCUGGUCCGACAGACGGGCAAGGUGAAGAACCUGGAGAACGCUGUUAAAAACAACCUUGAUGUUGACUUUGACAAGUCCUACAACAUCCAUGUUGGAAUUGCUCACACCCGCUGGGCGACUCACGGUGAGCCAAGCCGCAACAACUGUCACCCACAGAGAUCAGACCCAAACAAUGAAUUUGUUCUUGUUCACAAUGGUAUUAUUACAAACUACAAUGAUAUCAAAUCAUUUUUGAUAACCAAGGGCCAUGAGUUUGAGUCAGAGACUGACACGGAGGUGUUUGUGAAGCUCGUCAAACAUCUGUACGUGAACCACAAGAACCUGUCGUUCCGGGAGCUCGUCGAGAUGGCCAUCCAGCAACUGGAAGGAGCCUUUGCUAUGACAAUCAUGAGCACACAUUUUCCUGGAGAAAUCAUAGCUACAAGGCGAGGUAGCCCAUUGUUGAUUGGUGUAAAAAGUGUAGCCAAACUGACCACAGAUCACAUUCCAGUCUUUUACAGUAAAGAUACAUGUAAUAAAAGUGUUCUGUCCAACAUUGAAGAUCAGAGAACAAGUGGUUUUGUGAGUGCCCAGCCAAGAAAUGAGUCGCAGACCGAGUUCCACACGAUCGGUCCCAAGAAGGAAGUCGAGUAUUUCUUUGCAUCAGAUGCCAGUGCUGUCAUUGAACAUACAAAUCAAGUGAUUUUCAUGGAAGACGAUGACGUAGCCGCUGUAGAGAAUGGACGAUUGACGAUCCACCGUGUGUCACGCAGCAUCGAUGACUCAACCACCCGCGAAGUCAUUACCCUCAAGAUGGAAAUACAGGAAAUCAUGAAAGGAAACUUCAGUUCGUUCAUGCAGAAGGAGAUCUUUGAGCAGCCCGAGUCUGUGGUGAACACGAUGCGGGGCCGCAUGAACUUCGAGACGAAUCUCGUACAGCUCGGAGGACUCAAGGACUACAUGCACGAGAUCCGGCGCUGUCGCAGAAUGCUAUUCAUCGCCUGCGGGACGAGCUUCCACAGCUGUGUCGCCACGAGACAGCUGCUGGAGGAGCUGACCGAGCUGCCCGUGAUGGUGGAGCGAGCCAGCGACUUCCUCGACCGCAGCACGCCCGUCUUCCGCGACGACGUCUGUUUCUUUGUCAGCCAGUCAGGUGAGACGGCCGACACUCUUCUGGCUCUGCGCUACUGCAAACAGCGCGGUGCUCUCAUCGUCGGCGUCACCAAUGUGGUGGGCAGCAGCAUCUGUCGGGAAUCUCACUGCGGGGUGCACGUCAACGCUGGACCCGAAAUUGGGGUGGCCAGCACCAAGGCAUACACCAGUCAGUUUAUCUCACUCGUUAUGUUUGGACUGACGAUGUGUGAAGACAGAAUCUCUAUGCAGGAACGCAGGAAGGAAAUUAUCCAGGGUCUCAAGAAACUGCCAGAACAAAUCCGUGAAGUUCUCAAGAAGGACAAUCAAAUCCAGGAGCUGGCUAAGGAGUUGUUUGAGCAGAAGAGUCUCCUCGUGAUGGGGCGUGGCUACAAUUACGCAACCUGUCUGGAAGGAGCUCUGAAAAUUAAGGAGCUGACCUACAUGCACUCGGAGGGUAUCCUGGCCGGUGAACUCAAACAUGGACCUCUGGCCUUGGUGGACAAAGCCAUGCCAGUUAUCAUGAUUAUUACACAGGAUAAAGUCUAUUCGAAAUGCAUCAAUGCCCUGCAGCAAGUCAAAGCCAGAAGUGGGCGCCCGAUUAUCAUUUGUAACCAGAACGACACAGUGACCCAAACUUUUGCCUAUAAAUUCUUGGACUUACCGCCCAAUGUGGACUGUCUGCAGGGAAUCCUAACGGUGAUCCCCAUGCAGCUUCUUUCUUUCCAUAUCGCGGUGCUGCGUGGAUACGAUGUGGACUGUCCCCGGAAUCUGGCCAAGAGUGUGACCACUGAGUAAUAUGUGUGCUACCCUGUUACCUACUGAUUGCCCUCGCCAUUUACUGAAAAGUUAUGCAAGCCGACUCGACUAGAGCCAUUUCAGUUCAGUUCAGCAGUUCAGUUCAGCAAUUCAGUUCAGCAGUUCACAUCAUUUUCAUGCCUGGACUCACAAAUUGCUUUUACAAUCAUAUUCACUAUAUUUAUUUUUAUUGCUUUUUGGGGUUUUUUUUACUUUUCUUUUUGAAAUAUCCAAAUGCUCGGACAUUUAUGAUUUAUCAUACAAUCGAAUAUUUUAAAUAUGUGGAUGUUACAUGUUAAUUUGGUUUGAACUGAAGUUUAUUUGACAUACAUAAGAAAUCUCAUUGUAGUUGAGAAUACAGUACUCUGUAACUCGUGCCGUAUGUGGAUGUUACAUGUUAAUUUGGUUUGAACUGAAGUUUAUUUGACAUACAUAAAAAAUCUCAUUGUAGUUGAGAAUACAGUACUCUGUAACUCGUGCCGUAUGUUUCAGGGUACUGUAUUUGUUACCAUGAACUAUGUUAUUAUUGUCAGUCGCAACAUCAUUUUUAAAGAUAAAUGUUUACAUAGGACGUGAUGUGAUUAUUUCAUAUUGCUUCUACUGAAGACCAUCCUAUAUUUAAGGAUUUAUGGUAAAGGGUCAGUUUUUUAAACAAAGAAAAAACUUCACAUGAUAAUAAAUUGUUCUUGGUGAUUAAUUUUCUUAAAAUACUGUUGAAACAUGCAACAUGAGUAACAUCACAGUAUCGUGGUUCUAAAGUUGUUGAUGCAUUUUACAGUAUAUCCAAAAGAUAAUAUUGUAUUUUUGAAAUACUAUCUAUGCAGCUAAUCAUUAUUGUUUACGAAUGCUUGUUUUGAGUAGUAAUAUAUUAUAAUAUAUAUAUACAUUAUUAUACAUACAUAUACAUAUAGUUGCUAUCUUCUAAAUAUUAUAUGUUUACAUUUUGAUAUGAAAAGAUGGGGGUUUUGUGUGUUUUCUUCUAAAUAUUAUGUUUACAUUUUGAUAUGAAAAGAUGGAGGUUUUGUGUGUUUUUAAAUCAUGUUUCUUUCUACUUUGUUUUAUGUUUUCACCAUAUUUGAACCAAGAACAACCCGAUGUUACAGACCCAGUCUUAUUGUGAGACUUGUUCUAGGUGCAGAUUAUCUGAUUGUAACGUCAGACAGGAAUACUAUUGAUCUCAUUUGUUUUGUGCACAACCAGUUUCUUCAUGUUUAUAAAUUUAAGGUGAGUGAUAAAUCACUCUCCUCAUAAGCUUCAGACGAUUGAUUUGAUUUACAUGGGAAAGAUCUUGAGUAAAGCUUGCACAUAUUGACAAACAGAAUUUUUGAAUAGUGCAGAUUGAACAAUCACUGAAUCAGUAUAAUGAUAUUUUCAAACACCAGAUCCAGCAAUCUCUAACAAGUGGGUUUAUUUUCUCAACCCUCCUCCUUUCUCAUCCUCAUCCUCAUCCUCAUCCUUUCUCAAUCCUUCUCCUUUCUUAUUCCUCCUUUCUCAACCCUCCUCCUUUAUCAACCCUCCUCCGUUCUCAACCCUCCUCCGUUCUCAACCCUCCUCCUUUCUCAACCUUCCUCCUUUCUCAACCAUCCUCAGCCCUCCUCCUUUCUCAACUCUCCUCUUUUAUCAACCCUCCUUUCUCAACCCUCCUCCUUUCUCAUCCGGUCUUGGGACCAGUCAUGGUGGAGAUAUUGGGGGGGGGGGGGGGGGGGGGGGCAGUUGCCUUGAAUUAAAUUGUGCAAAUCUUGUCUAGGUUGUGAGAUCAUCAGAAACUGGUUAUAUAUUUUUUUUUAGUGACAGUAAUUAUAGUAGUAGUAUUUGUUUCUUGAAAAAAUAAGUUGAAGUUGCAGUAGUUUUGAUCUGCUGGUUUAUGUUGUAGUAAUGGAAUCCGUAAAUAACAAUCACUGACAUUUGACAUCAAUAACCAACGAGUGCUUGCCAUGAUCUGUAAAUUCUCCAAUAUGGAGAAACGUUAAUAUUGUGUCACCAUUUUGUGCACUUACAAUCUUAUUUUGUUGUUAACUUUUGUUAUGGUGGCUUCUUUUAUAUUGUAUAUAAUUUUAUUUGCUUUGUUAUACAUAUUUUUUUUAAUUUUGUUCUUGGUCAUCCUGCAUUGACAAUCUAAAUCUCAAAUUGUUUUUGGAAUGGUUGAUCUAUGAAAAAUUUGAUUUUGAUUUUUUAAGAAGAAAAAGUUUUUUCUUACAUUUUUUGUUUUUUAUAAUGGCUAAAUUAUUGUUGUUAUUUACAUCAAGAAUCAUGUGGAAAUUAAUUUAUUUCAUGUUUAUCAUUUGGAUCCUUGGAAUUUAUAAAACAUUUUGGAAUAUGAAAUGUUUAUAAAGAAUUUAUUUUUACACUUUUCUUUAAAAUAUAUGUAUCAUCAAUAAUUCAUGUAUAAUGUAAUGUUUUCAUUUUCUAAAGAGAUUUUUUUUUUCAUUUAAAAGAAAGAUGUUUUAAUUUUCUAAAGUGAUGUUUCCAUGGUGCCUCUUUUGGAUUUAACCUUUCUGUUUAACAUUUUGUGUACCUAAAAUAUUAUACUUGACAAAAUUAAGUGCCAGUAAAUAUUUUUGGCAUUUUUCUUUAUUCAGUGAAACCAGUCUAAAUCGGAUCAUGUCGGGUCCUAAUAUAUUUAUGUAAAUUAGACAGGAUUUGGUGUUUAGAGAAUCCAGCGUUAGAAUUUAGAAAAUUCGAGACCAAGAAAUGUAGUCGCUUUUGACAGGAUUCCUGUUUGUGAGAGUUUGGUUUAGACAGGUUUCACUGUAUACGGUAAAAACAAAACAACAUUAAAUUUGUUUUUGGUAUUACAAAGCAUAUAGAACUUGCUUUUUUGUGUGAAUCACUCGUAAACAUUCUUUAGAAAUCAUCUGUGAUAAACAAAAAAUACUCACAAAAACCCCAGAUGCUAGCCUAAUAUAAAACUAGCAAACACUGGACAGGUCUCCUGACCCUUAAUUAAUGUUGUUGAGUAUAUUAAAUAAAUCACUUGUUGUUUUAAAUAGUUCAGGUGUUACUUCUGUAGCUGGGCUAAACUAAGUAUACCAUUUACAGUGUUCUUCAAGAUUCUCAAACCAAACUGGCUGAACAGGAGAACAAUUGCUUACAACAGGAGGCGUGUGAAACUUACCCGUGAACAGUUUUGCCAUAGAUGUGAUUUCCCGGUGUCAAAUUGGGUGUAUUGUACAUGAGAAAAGUUUAUGUUUAAAUGGGAAAUAACAGAGUUUAUAAAUUUGGCUGCAUCAUAUUUCACAUGGCAGACAUGCUUUUGAAAAUUACAAGAAUGGCACUACAACAAACCAUUAUGGUGAAGCAUCAACCGAUACUCAUUGACAUUCCCAUCCUCCAUGGACAGUGGUUUUGGUAAAUCAUUUGGAUUUGAUUUCAUGUAAGAAGAAUAGUAAAAGUGUUUUGGAAAAAAAACUAUUUUAUAUCUGCAAUUUAGAAAACAAUCUGCUCAGAAAUAAUUAACUUGUAGUAAAUACCAUAGUAAGAAAAUGGCAUUCCAUCUGGAAAGGACCAUGGUUAUGGUUUUGAAGAACACUGUUUAAGGAUAGGCAGUGGGACCCUUAUGUUUCUAUGUAGUUGGAAGUAUAUACUGUUAUGUUUAAGGGUGAGCAGUGGGACCCUUAUAUUCCUAGGUAGUUGGGAGUAUAUACUGUUAUUUCUAGAGGUGGUGGGGGAUAUGUGCUUAUAUUUUGGGUUAUUGGAUGUAUGUACCAUUAUGUCUUGGAAUGGUAAAUUAAAGUAUAUGCAUCGAUAUGUAAUGUGCAUCAAGCAUAUACCUUCAUAUUUGGGGAGUUUGGGCUAUGAAAUGUUUGGUGUAUGUGGCCGGGUUUCUUGUUGUUGUUUUUUGUUGAGAGACUUGUAUUCCUUAUAUUUUUAUGCAAUUAUAAGAAGAAGAAAAACUGAUCAGUGUUUAUUUAAACUAUUAUUUGCAUUGUUUGUAAUUACAAGAAUCGUCUCAAAUUGAGUUUAAAAUAGAAUAGCAAACUGAUUGUAUACUAAAUUUGUGACCAUUAUACAUCAAUAAAUUACAAAUAAAAACCCAAA